UUCCCAAAUAACCAAAAUGUGAUGGUUUGGAUUAUUACAGAACAGAGAAAGAGGAACCAAAAGAGGGUGGAGAAAGGUUUAAAAAGAAUCAAAUACAGGAGAGCCUGCACUCUCAGUGUUUAGGGACUGUGCAUAGUACAUUGACAACAUGAAGUCUUUGCUAAUCCUUGGGUUUUGCCUCCUGCCCCUGGUUGCUCAGGGGAAAAUCUAUGAAAGAUGUGAGCUGGCAGCAGCUAUGAAGCGUCUUGGACUCGAUAACUACCGGGGAUACAGCCUGGGACACUGGGUUUGUGCAGCAAAAUUUGAGAGUGGCUUUAACACAGCGGCCAUAAAUCGUAACAGGGAUGGAAGUUCUGACUACGGGAUUUUGCAGAUCAACAGUCGGUGGUGGUGCAAUGAUGGUAGGACCUCAAGGGCCAGGAAUGGGUGCAAGAUCCCAUGCUCAGCAUUGCUGAGCUCAGACAUAACAGCAUCUGUAAACUGCGCAAAGAAGGUUGUCAGCGAUAAAAAUGGCAUGAAUGCAUGGUAUGCAUGGCGCAAUCAUUGCAAAGGAAGGGAUGUCUCCCAGUGGAUCAGAGGCUGCAGACUGUGAAGCACUGAUGUUUAGCAGAGCUCAUUCUCCAUUCGAAUGAACAGCUUUCACAUACAGCAAACUUUCUCUAGCAUGCUUCUUUGUACGAUUGAUCAUGAUCAAAAUAAAAUUCAGGAGAAUUACUGCAACACACCUAAUUCACGAAGAGACAGUGUUUUAUACCUUGCUGAUGAAAUGGCUAAUAUUUCCACCCAACUGUCUGGCUUGUUUUCAGUACAGCUUAGUUAUUUUUGCUAUGUGUAGAUUUGAGCGUAAGCCAAUUCUCUUUUAAUGAAGUCUUCAUGUUAGGUUUUGUGACUGCGUACUAAUAUGAUGUUAUU